AUAUGCAUAUACUACUAAUACUAUACAUACAAGAUCCCCUCCAUAUUAUUCUAAACUCUAGUUCCUUGCUCUACAUCUUUGGUUCAUAUAUGUUUAACAACAACAAUGACGGAAAUUGUGGUCGUAGAGCCAAGCAUUGCGAGUACUAGUAAUAAUACUACUAGAGGAAACCAUGGUUCAAGUAAUCAAAAUACUAACAGGACAAAACCGUUUUACACUAGAUCAAUUACGUCGGGACGUGAGUAUGGUUUUGAGCCAUUUGAUUCUGAGAAACUUCCGGUUACUUUGAAAUCAGAAAUUCAAAGGUUUCUUCGUGUUGCUAAUCUCAUUGAUUCCCAAGAGCCUCGUGUCGCUUGUUUAUGCCGGUUUCAUGCAUUUGUAGUUGCACAUGACUUGGAUCGCAAUUCAAGUGGGCGUGGAGUGAGGCAAUUCAAGACUGCUCUUCUUCAGCGACUUGAACAGGAUGAAGAAGUUACUUACAGAAAAAGGAAAGAAAAAAGUGAUGUACGUGAAGUCAGGCGUGUUUAUCGUGAAUACAAAGAUUAUAUUAUCAAACAUGGUGGAGAAAGUACUUUGGAGAACAGGGAAGCGUUGAUCAAAGCUGGGACAAUCGCUUCUGUGUUAUAUGAAGUGUUAAAUAAACUUACAGAGGCUGCGGGUACACAGGCCCAAGCUGAUAAUGACGUUAAAAGAUCAGAAUUCUAUGAUUUUAACAUCCUUCCUCUUGAUCAAGGAGGUGUUCAUCAAGCAAUUAUGCAACUCCCCGAGAUUAAAGCUGCAGUUGGUGCUGUCCGUAAUAUUCAAGGUAUACCUUUCAUUGAAGAAUUCACCACUCAAAGGCCUCAUUUUGACUUGUUUGACUGGCUCCAGCAUUGUUUUGGGUUUCAGAAAGGAAACGUCGCAAACCAGAGGGAACAUUUAAUUCUACUUCUUGCAAACAGUCAUAUUAGGUGCUGUAAUAAACCAACAAAUACAACCAAGUUAGCGGAUGGCGUUCUACGUGAUAUGAUGAAGAAAUUCUUCAAGAACUAUAGAGAAUGGUGCAAAUUCUUGGAGAAGAAGAACAGCAUAAGGUUCUCAUAUUCAGAUCCAGAAGCACAACAACACCAGCUUCUGUAUAUUGGCCUCUAUCUUCUCAUAUGGGGCGAGGCUGCUAAUUUGCGAUUCAUGCCAGAAUGUCUUGCUUAUAUUUUUCACCAUAUGGCUCAUGAUUUGCGUAGUAUGUUGAUGGGUGCAACCAUUUUAGCAGCUGGUGAAAGUUUCGCGCCUGCAUAUGGGGGAGGUCCUGAAUCUUUUCUUAACAAUGUUGUAACCCCAAUAUAUAAUGUUAUUCGUGAGGAAGCUAAGAAAAACCAAAAUGGCAUGACCGAUCAUUCUACAUGGAGAAACUAUGACGAUUUGAAUGAGUUUUUUUGGUCUCCUGAUUGUUUCCAACUAGGAUGGCCUAUGAAUCAGGAACAUGACUUCUUUUAUGUCCCUGAAGAUGAUCCUAAAAGCAAAAAAACCAAAGGCUCGAGUAAACCUAAGACGGAAAAAAAGAAAGAAAAGAAUGAUGAAGAAGUAGAGCUCAAAGAAAAUGACCAGUCCAACGAGGAGAAAGUAAAAGAGAAAAAGUGGUUAGGGAAAACAAAUUACGUAGAGUUCCGAUCAUUCUGGCAUGUUUUCAGAAGCUUCGAUAGAAUGUGGACAUUUCUCAUUCUAUCUCUCCAGGCAAUGAUAAUAAUGGCAUGUCAUAAUCUCGAAUCCCCAUUACAAAUGUUUGAUACACCAAUACUAGAGGAUAUUAUGAGCAUUUUCAUCACAUCAGCAGUUCUUAAACUAGUUCAAGCCGUUCUUGACAUUGUAUUCACUUGGAAGGCCAGAUCGACAAUGGACAAUACUAGAUCCCGCAAGCAUGCAUUGAAGGUGGUUGUUGCAAUGAUGUGGACUAUCAUGUUACCUAUAUUUUAUUCCAAAACUAGAAGAAAGUACACUUGUUAUUCAAAAAAUUACAGAAGCUGGUUUGGCGAGUGGUGUUAUUCAUCAUAUAUGCUUGUAGUCGCGUUCUACUUAAUGUCCAAUGCGGUCAAUAUGACUUCUGUACUAAUGCUCAGGCUGAUCUGUACCAAUUGGCGCUACAUUCCAGAAAACCUCAAUUUCCAGCUAUCUUCAGUUUUUAUUUGGCCUAGAUUAUAUGUAGGAAGAGGAAUGCAAGAGUCUCAAUACUCCCUUCUGAAGUACAGCUCAUUCUGGGUUUUGUUGUUAUUAAGUAAAUUGACGUUUAGCUACACCUUUGAGAUAAAACCACUCAUAGUACCAACAAGACAAAUAAUGGCCAUUGGAAUUACAAAGUACGACUGGCAUGAGCUUUUCCCGAGAGUCAAGAAUAAUGCUGGUGCAAUUGCUGCCAUCUGGGCUCCAGUCAUAAUGGUAUACUUCAUGGACACCCAGAUUUGGUAUUCUGUCUUUUGUGCCAUCUUUGGAGGACUUUACGGAAUCUUGCAUCAUCUUGGAGAGAUUCGGACAUUAAGUAUGAUGAGAAGCAGAUUUCAAGAUUUACCUUUAGCGUUCAUGAACUCUCUAAUUCCACAUCCUUCAAAAACCGAUAAACAUCUUAAAAGGAAGUCUUUCUUGAGAGAAAUGUUUCAAAAGGUGUCCGAGAGACAAAUGAGGAACGGCCUUGUUAAGUUUGUUGUUGUAUGGAAUGAAAUUAUUAAAAGCUUUCGGGAGGAGGAUCUCAUAAGUAACAGAGAGGUUGAAUUGAUGAAGAUGCCUUUAUCGUCUGAGUUACUUUCUGGCUUAGUUCGUUGGCCUAUUUUCCUCCUAGCAAAUCAGUUGCCCAUGGCAUUAACUAUUGCAAAAGACUUUGUGGGUGAAGAUGCACAUCUUUUUAAAAGAAUGAGAAGAGAUGUAUACAUGUAUAUAACUGUAAAAGAGUGUUACGAUUCAUUGAAAUACGUUCUUGAUAUACUAGUUGUCGGGGAUUUGGAGAGAAGAGUCAUAUCAGGGAUAGUAGAUGAAAUCGAAGAAAGUUUACAGAAAACAACUUUCGUUAAAGAUUUUGAUCUAAGUGAGAUUCUAGAUCUGCAUACUAAAUGUACUGAAUUGGUGGAACUCCUGGUUGAGGGCAAUAAGAACCAUUAUGCUAAAGUUGUGAAAGUGCUGCAAGAUAUUCUUGAAAUCGUAACAAAUGAUAUGAUGAGAAACGGAUCCAGAACGAUGGAGGCGGUCAAUGCUUACCAACAAGACGGAUGUCUAAAGUCAUAUUUUGGUGAUGUUGAACCCGACCCACAACUAUUCUCAUCAAGACAUUCUGUUCAUUUUCCAUUGCCAGAUACUGAUUCUCUUAACGAAAAGCUCAAGCGUUUUCUUUUGCUGCUAACUAUCAAAGAUACAGCAACUGACAUACCUUCAAACCUUGAUGCCCGGAGGCGUAUAUCAUUUUUUGCAACUUCAUUAUUCAUGGAUAUACCCCGAGCUCCAAAAGUGCGCAACAUGCUGUCUUUCAGCGUUUUGACUCCACAUUUAAUGGAAGAGGUCAAGUUUUCUACGAAGGAACUCAAUGCAAGUCAAGACUAUGUUUCUAUCGGCUUUUAUAUGCAGAAAAUAUUUCCAGACGAGUUGGAGAACUUCCUGGAACGAACGGGGUUAGAAAAUCUGGAAGACCUAGAUGAUCAUGACAAAGAGAAGCUUCGUGAUUGGGCUUCUUUUCGUGGGCAGACUCUGAGCAGGACAAUUCGUGGGAUGAUGUAUUACCAGAAAGCACUAAAGCUGCAAGCAUUUCUUGACAUGGCUGAAGAUGAUGAUAUUCUUCAAGGUUAUGAUGCAAUCGAGAGGGGGAAUGAUACAUUAUCUGCCCAACUUGAUGCUUUAGCAGACUUGAAAUUCACUCAUGUCGUCUCCUGUCAGAUGUUUGGGUCACAGAAAAUGUCUGGAGACCCUCAGGCCCAAGAAAUCAUUGAUCUUAUGAUAAGGUACCCUUCAUUACGUGUGGCUUACGUCGAAGAGAGGGACGACAAGCCAGAAACAACAUAUUACUCUGUACUAGUCAAAGCAGUCAAUGGGUUUGACCAGGAGAUAUAUCGAGUAAAGCUCCCAGGUCCGCCGAAUAUUGGAGAAGGGAAACCCGAAAAUCAAAAUCAUGCCAUCAUUUUUACUCGUGGUGAAGCUUUACAAGCAAUUGAUAUGAACCAAGAUAACUAUCUGGAAGAAGCAAUCAAAAUGAGAAAUCUCCUGCAAGAGUUUCUACCAAAACUCGGAAAACGUCCUAAAAUACUUGGCCUAAGGGAACACAUCUUUACUGGAAGUGUAUCUUCUUUAGCAUGGUUCAUGUCUUAUCAGGAGACCAGUUUUGUCACAAUUGGUCAAAGGCUUCUAGCAAACCCUCUCAGGAUUAGGUUCCAUUAUGGGCAUCCAGAUAUUUUUGACAGAAUAUUUCACCUAACAAGAGGUGGCAUAAGCAAAGCUUCAAAGACAAUUAACUUGAGUGAAGACAUUUUUGCAGGUUAUAACACGACAUUACGCCGUGGGCAUAUCACAUACCAUGAGUACAUACAAGUUGGUAAAGGUCGUGAUGUAAGCCUAAAUCAGAUCUCAAAGUUUGAAGCGAAGGUCGCUAAUGGGAACAGUGAACAAGUUCUUAGUCGUGAUCUUUACCGGCUUGGCCGCCGGUUUGACUUUUUUCGCAUGCUUUCGUGUUACUACACGACAGUUGGUUUCUACCUCAGCAGCUUGAUAUCCGUAAUCGGUAUUUACGUAUUUUUAUAUGGGCAACUCUACCUCGUGCUAAGUGGUUUAGAAAGUGCUUUAAUUCAAGAGGCUAAAGUGCAUAACAUACAGUCCUUGGAGACAGCAUUGGCUUCACAGUCGUUUAUUCAGCUUGGAUUAUUGACGGGUUUACCAAUGGUAAUGGAGAUUACACUCGAAAGAGGAUUUCUUAACGCGCUUAAAGAUUUCGUUCUUAUGCAGCUCCAACUCGCUGCAGUUUUUUUCACAUUUGCAGUUGGUACAAAAACGCAUUAUUUUGGUCGAACUAUACUUCAUGGUGGGGCCAAAUACAGGCCCACGGGACGAAGAGUUGUGGUCUUUCAUGCAAGUUUCACAGAAAACUAUCGAUUAUACUCGAGGAGUCAUUUCAUGAAAGGAUUUGAGCUGCUCCUACUUUUAGUUGUUCAUGAUAUCAUCAGACGGACUUAUAAAAACCACAUGACAUAUGUUUUGAUCACAUGCGCCAUCUGGUUCUUAUCGUUGACUUGGUUGUUUGCCCCAUUUUUGUUUAAUCCUUCUGGUUUUGAUUGGGGGAAGAUAGUUGAUGAUUGGAAAGAUUGGAACAAAUGGAUUAAACAACAAGGUGGUAUCGGGAUUCAGCAAGAUAAGAGUUGGCAGUCAUGGUGGUAUGAUGAACAAGAACAUCUCCGUCAUUCCGGAUUGGGCUCUCGGAUCAUUGAGAUACUUCUUUCUUUGCGUUUCUUUAUUUACCAAUAUGGUCUCGUAUAUCAUCUUGAUAUAGCCGGGUCGCGUAAAACCUUUGUGGUUUAUGUCCUUUCGUGGGUCGUCAUUGUCGUGAUUUUCAUGUUAAUCAAGCUCGUAAAUGUAGGUAGACAGCAUCUCAGUAAUAACCAUCAGCUUUCCUUCAGACUAUUCAAAGCUUCUCUUUUCCUAUCUGUUAUAGCAACCAUAAUCACUCUUUCCUUCAUCUGCCAAUUAUCUGCAAAUGAUCUGCUUGUUUGCUGUCUCGCAUUUCUGCCCACUGGCUGGGGCCUGAUACUUGUCGCUCAAGCUUUCAGGCCAAUGAUCCAAGGGACGGUUUUAUGGAAAUUCACACGGCUUUUUGCCCAAGCAUAUGAUUUUGGGAUGGGAAUAAUUCUUUUCACACCAAUAGCUUGCUUAGCAUGGCUACCAAUCAUUUCAGCUUUCCAGACAAGAUUCCUAUUUAACAGGGCUUUCAGUAGGAGACUGCAGAUUCAACCAAUUCUCAAAGCAAAAAAGAAACAUAUAUAGCCUUUUCUUACAUCCAAAUUUCUGUGUAAAUGUUAUAUCGCUACAUAAAAUAUCACAUUAUAGCUUACUGCACAUAACAGUUACUGUAAUUUUUUGUGGUUUAUAUAGUUACCAGUAAUAAGUAAAUUACGAUAAUAAAGGUCUACACACAUCAAUGACAGUAUUUCAAUUUUCAAAA